CCUGGCCCCCGCGCCGCCCGCCUGUCCGCCGGUCUCUGCAAGGCCAUCGGUCCGUCCGCCCGCCCUCCCAUCGCUCCUCCGCCCCGGCCCCGCUAUCCCGGCCGCGCACCUCGCUUCCUCGGUUCCGGCCGCCUCUAGCCUGUCCCCCGCCCCCGGGCCGGCCGCCGCCGCUACGCAAGGCCGGGGAUUGGCAGCGCGCGUAGGCCGCGCUGCCGCGGAUGGAGUCGGAAUAAAGGGGCGGCUGAGAGAGCAGCCGGUCGCCACUCGCCCCGCGCCUGACCCCGCGGGCGGCCUGGAGCAGAACCAAUCCUCAGGGAAGGCAGAGCCUCCCUGUCAUUGCUGGCACCCUGCCUCGAAGACUCCAGUCCUGUAGGCAGAGCCUUGUAGUCUGUCUUGGUUAAUGACUUGGGCCGCCUGACCAGUCCCUCUGUGCCUUGUCUGAGGUCCUCUUCUGUACCUGAUCCCGGGCAACUUCUCUCUCUGUUGUGGGUCACCUUAAGCGGGAAACUGAAGCCAUUACUCUCCAAACCCUGUUUCAUCUUUCCAAGCAUGUCGGAAAGCUGGCAGCAGCCGCCACAGACACAGCCGCAGCAGCCGCAGCCACCGCAGCCGCAGCACCACGCAGAACCACCGCCGGCCCUGGCUGAGCACACACUGCCCCCAGGCACGGCUGAGAACCCCCUGGGCUGUGCGGUCUAUGGCAUCCUCCUGCAGCCCGACCCAGGCCUGCAGCCCCCGCAGCACGCGCCGUUGCAGGCAGCAGGAGAGCCGGGCCCCAAGUGUGGCGUGUGCGGUCACGACCUGGCGCACCUGUCCAGUCCGCACGAGCACCAGUGCCUGGCGGGCCACGACCGCUCGUUCCAGUGCACGCAGUGUCUCAAAAUCUUCCACCAGGCCACCGACCUGCUGGAGCACCAGUGUGUGCAGGCAGAACAGAAGCCUUUUGUCUGUGGCGUCUGCAAGAUGGGCUUCUCGCUGCUCACGUCGCUGGCGCAGCACCACAGCGCACACAGUGGCACUGGCGGCCUCGUGAAAUGUUCCAUCUGCGAGAAGACCUACAAGCCCGCCGAGGCGGCAGAGGCCGCGGCCACUGCCGCCCCGUCACUGCCCCCAGCACCCCCUCCGCCUGCCGUCGCCCCUGCUGAACAGGCCGACAAGCCCUACAGCUGCCCCAUCUGCCAGAAGCCCUUCAAGCACCUGUCGGAGCUCUCGCGGCACGAGCGGAUCCACACAGGCGAGAAGCCCUACAAGUGCACGCUGUGUGACAAGAGCUUCAGCCAGUCGUCCCACUUGGUGCAUCACAAGCGCACGCACAGCUCAGAGCGGCCGUACAAGUGCGCGGUCUGCGAGAAGACCUUCAAGCACCGCUCUCACCUGGUGCGCCACAUGUACGCGCACUCGGGCGAGCACCACCUGUUCCGCUGCAAUGUGUGCGAGCUGCACUUCAAGGAGUCUUCUGAGCUGCUGCAGCACCCGUGCACGCCGAGCGGGGAGCGGCCCUUCCGCUGCGGCGAGUGCCAGAAGGCCUUCAAGCGGCCGUCGGACCUGCGGCAGCACGAGCGCACGCACAGCGCCGAGCGGCCCUUCAAGUGCGACCUGUGCCCUAUGGGCUUCAAGCAGCAGUACGCGCUGAUGCGGCACCGGCGCACGCACAAGACGGAGGAGCCCUUCAAGUGCGGCCUGUGCGAGAAGGGCUUCGGGCAGCCCAGCCACCUGCUCUACCACCAGCACGUGCACACCCUCGAGACCCUCUUCAAGUGCCCAGUGUGCCAGAAGGGCUUUGACCAGUCGGCCGAGCUGCUGCGGCACAAGUGCCUGCCGGGCACGGCCGAACGGCCCUUCAAGUGCCCGGUGUGCAACAAGGCCUACAAGCGGGCAUCGGCCCUGCAGAAGCACCAGCUGGCCCACUGCUCGGCCGCAGAGAAGCCUCUGCGCUGCACCCUGUGUGAGCGCCGCUUCUUCUCAUCCUCCGAGUUCGUGCAGCACCGAUGCGACCCGGCCCGCGAAAAGCCGCUUAAGUGCCCGGACUGUGAGAAGCGCUUCAAGUACGCCUCUGACCUGCAGCGGCACCGGCGGGUGCACACGGGCGAGAAGCCCUAUAAGUGCCCCAACUGCGACAAGGCCUUCAAGCAGCGCGAGCAUCUCAACAAACACCAGGGCGUGCACGCCCGCGAGCAGCAGUUCAAGUGUGUGUGGUGUGGUGAGCGCUUUCUGGACGUGGCCCUGCUGCAGGAGCACAGCGCGCAGCACAGCGCCGCCGCCGCCGCGGCCGAGGGCGCCUACCAGGUAGCCGCCUGCCUGCCCUGAGUCCACGCCGCGGCCCACACCAGGCCCAGCCCGGCCUCCCUGCACCCAGCUCGGUGUUCUGAGGCCCUGGGAGUGAGGACAAAAGGGCACUGGGCAGGUGGAGGGUGUGGGUGCCUGGCACUCCAGGUCCAGGCCUGGAGGGCGGCUAGCAGAGUGCUGUGGCUGGUCCUGACCCCACAAACCUCUUUCCCAAUACAGGAUUCACUUUCUUCAGAGCUGUCAGCCUCCCUUGUCUCUGAGGGUUUGGAACCCGGCUGGAAGUCACGUGGCCUCUCUCCACCCCAAGAAGGAGGUGGUGCUAGCCCAACCUUCCCACACCUUUCAGCCUAAUUAGAAACCAGAUAGGCUAGGAAAGAGGAGGGCCAUGGUAGGGAGGGCAUGGGAGAGGGCUGGGCUCCAGAGGUGGGCUGGGUAUAGGGCUCCCCCUUCAAGUUUGAGGGAGAUGGCCAGCUUUGUGAUAUCAUCCUGGGACCAGAAGGGCAGACCGAGAGCCACAGGUCACUCUGUCAGCUUCAGCCAGGUUCUGUAGGUUUCUGACAAGCGAGACGUACAGCAGGGCUGCACAUCUGUAGUUGGGUCUGUUUGGAGAGCAGCUGGCCCAGCCAGAAGGGAGGAGGUAGAGAAGUUCUCCCAUGAGACACUCAGCCAGGGACAGUGUCAUCCCUGGGGAAAGGAGGAAAGGCAGCUUUUACACUGAGGGCGAAACCCACCGUUUUGGAAGCACGGCUCCAAGUUCCGGUGGGGAAUGCGCCCUCUGCCAGUCAGAACUGCUGCUGUGAGAGAAGGGGAUUGUUAGACCACCUGGUGCCUGGAAGGAAGCGGGGCCAAGCCCAUGGUCUUCCCAUGUGAACAAGUGUCAUUCCUCCUUGAAUUGUGAACAAAAGCCUCAAGGCAUGGCCAUAAUCAGCUCACCCUAGCCCGGCUUCAGGGCCAAGACCAUGCCUGGGUACCUGGGUACCUGGGUUGGGGGAGGUGAAAGGGCUGUAGGAAUGGCCUCUGACCCUGCAGUGCCCUCUCAGCUCAUCAGUCUGGCUGCUGGCCUGGACUCCAGGGGUUUUGCACUGCCAAGAUGCUCUAGACAACAUUCAGCUACUUCCGAGGCCAGAGUGUUCCCUCCUGGGUCCUCCUAGGGACCCCCUUGGUCUCUGGCUGCCCAGAGGGCUCAUGGAGACAAGGGUGUCCAGGGCAUAGGGCAUGGGCAGGGGAAGAUGGUUGUAAGGAAGCCAGUAGGUAGAUGGCUUGCUGGCCAGGGCUCUCCUCAGGAACACCAGAGGACCUUCACUAUCAGAAUGAUUAUUUUGAACCCAGCUCUGCCCCUGCCCUCUUCCAGCCCCUUUUCCUGGUUGUGGGUCUUGAAAGGAGAUUUUAAUCAGUGCACAUACCAAGAGCCCAGAGGAGCAGGGAGACCUGCAUUGCCCACUCUCACCUUAGGAAGUCUGAAAAGCCCACAUUCACCUCCUCUGUCUGACCCGGUCACUCCAUGUGUCCGCAGAAAGGGCCGGUCCUUCCCCUCGGUGCUGGCUUUAGUCACAAUGCCUCAAAAGACAUGGAACCCAGGCUGACAACAGUCCCAAAUGUUAACUUUUUCCUUUCAUUUUGCUUUCUAAAAGCAGUUGUUAUACUGUUUAUAACAUUGUAUAGUUUAAUUUCAUGCCAUUUUGGACUUAUGUAAAAAUGUGGGAAUUUGGAUUUUUAAAAAGAAUGACUCCAUUUUAGAUAGCUCCUUUUGAUGUUAAUAUAUAGUGAGUCCAAUGUAUGCUUUAGAAGUAAAGACAUUGACCUUCACAGACCAAAACACUGCUUGUUCCAGUCAUCCUUAUACAGGGGAAUGUUGGGACGUGGAAAGGGAGAGAGGUGUGCAGGCCAGGGUGUCAGGCUUAGGACUGGGACAUAAGGCUGAGUCUGAAUCCAGAGUUUUGAACAUCCUGGUUGUGAGACUUUGGGCAAAUCACUUAGUCUCUUUGGGACUCAGUUGCCUCAUCUAUAAAUGGGGAGAUUAAACCUUUGCCUUGCUUUGUUCUUGUGAGAGUUAAGUGGAGUCACAUGUGGAG